AUGAGUGCUCAAUAAAAAAAGCUUUUAGAACUAAAAUAAAAGCAAGGUUUAUCUACUUUUCAUCGAAGUUCUCACUAAUUGCUUCCAUUAAAUUCUUUGAAAACCCAAAAGACAAUUCACGAAGUGGAAGUAGUGAGAGGAUCUUUUAAAACUCUCCCAGAUGUUAAAUCAAGUCCUUAAAUUGAAACACAAUCCAAGUGGGCAAAACUGUAACAAAUAUCAUAAACAUACCGAUCUCCAAAUAGGAAUAUCGUAAUCACUAAUAAACGUACCUCCAUAUAGAGGUUGUCCAUAGCAUCACAAUUAAAAAACCUUGUGAAAUUCACAAGCUCAAUAUAACUCGAUGGACUUGAUGCUGCCAAGAAUAUGGUAAAGAAUAACGACACAGUAGUGGUAAAUAUGCAAAGGAGCCAGAAUAUAGACUAUCUUGUUCUUGGAUUGGGAGAUAGCCAUGGUAAUUUGGGUACGCAUUUUUCGAAAUUAAUCACUCAUCGCGCAUUGGACUAAAUCGUACAAGUGAUCAAUAACACACCUAUAAUCGGAUUGAGUUUGUCAAUUCAUUAUAGUUUCUAGAAUGUUUACUAACAAGUGGAACAAAAUCUGAUAGAGUAAACGGAUUUUGAUGUAAAGAACAAUGGGUGUUCAUUAUUAUCAAUGAUAAUAGUCAACAAUUCCAUCUAUUGUGCUAAUUUGGGGGAUUCUAAGGCUGCCUAUUUUUAUAAGAAAGAUUCUGAUCCACUCGAUGCUAAAGAAGUUAGAAAAUUUGCAUAGAAAAAUAUCAAUUUUGUUCAUGACACAAAUAAUAGUAAGGAGGUUCAGAGAAUACUCAAAAAAGGUGGUAAAAUAGAUUAGGCAGUCUACAAAGGAAGAAAGAGUGGAAAUUUGAAGGUGUGGGCUCCCAAAUAGAAUUUACCUGGUGUUAAAUUGACGAGGUGUUUUGGUAAUAUGAUUGGGAAGACAGUGGGAAUUAGUGCUGAUCCAGAGGUCACAGAGUUUAAAGUUCCAAAAUCAGGAUAUUUGUUGAUUGGAUCCACUGGAUUAUGGGAAAUCAUGGAUAUUUUAGUCAUCGAUUAGAUUUUAGAUGCUCAUUUUCCUCCAACUUGCUAGGAGGACAUUGAUUUAGCAAUAAAGGAGAUUGGUGACCAAACAAAAAAGUAUUGGGAUUAAGACGGAGAAGGUUUAAUUGAUAUCUCUUUAAUUUUGAUUUAUAUAUAAUUAUGA